AUGACAGAGUUUCUGACACUAUCUGAAGAGAAUCCCAUCAACGAGGAGGGUACAACGGCCGGUCACCACAAACACCCGAAUCACUCAUGGGUCCUGUUUGUUUCAGGACCAACUGCUUCAGGGAAAUCUUCAGUGGCAGACUUUCUUGCGACAAAUUUGGAAGCUCAUUUUAUUGAGGGAGACGAUCUUCACCCCAAAGCCAAUGUUGGCAAAAUGCACAAAGGGGAACCACUAAAUGAUUCCGACCGUCAAGGUUGGCUCGAAGCCAUCUCUGAGCAAGCCUCGGGAUAUGAAAAGGAGCAUAAUACCAAGCGGCACCUUAUUAUUACUUGCUCGGCAUUGAAACGAAGUUAUCGCGAACUAUUGAGGGAAAGCUGCGACCGUGCUGGUUACUCAAUUGUGCACUUUAUCCAUCUCGAUGCACCAGAGUCAGAACUGCGACACCGAGCAGAGACGAGACACGGUCAUUUCGCCAAGUCAAACCUUGUACACAGCCAGUUCCAGACGCUGGAGCGACCAGGGAUCGAAGAAACCGACGUCACGAUGAUCAGCGUAGUACCCCCGCUAGAGGAGGUCCAGAAUGUAGCAUUGGAUUCUUUUUCAAAGAUUCUUGCUCACAAGAAAGCGCAGGGGUGA